GAUGUCAACAGCAUUGGUUGCCUGCUCCAGUCGUGCUUCUGGAGGACAAAAUGCUUUCUGUUGCUGCGUAAAUGCAUUACCGCGAGUGCUCCCGAGUUCCGUCUUGUAAGGUGCAGUUCUACGUGCAAUUCUGUAGUUGUGGGGAGCCGAGGAAGGGGAAGCGCAGCGGCAACCAUAGCAGGGAGCAGCAUACCCUUUCCACGUGCACUGUAGCACCUGGACUCUACGCAUCUUAGGCAGUUGGCAUUCGAGCGAGUGUACGGUAAUAUUAUCAUUCCUCUAACGAGCAUCCAACGUGGAGUUAUGUCAGCCUUCUAACUGUCAGCUGAAAGAGUUUUUUUUUUUUUUUUUUUCCCCUGUUGUCCCUCGUCGAACGUCACGUAGGACUUCUUGAUAGAAGUCAUGGCUGAUCUUCCAGAUUCAUUUGCGACCGACUCUAAAAUGAUGGUGGAUCAACCAGCAUUCGGACGAGCGGGUAGCUCUGCAGGUGUGGAGGAUACGGGACGGACGAUGAGCGUAGUCGUAAAAAGUGACGGAACCGAUUGGUUGAAUCCGUUAGGGUUUGAGAAUACGAUGUCUAGAAGAGAUACGGCUAUGACCAUGGCUGACGGAACUUGUGGUAGAGUUUCCUCAGACGGAGGCGAAUCUCAGCAGCAGCAAGAGCAGCAGCAGAAACAGCAGGGUGAACAGCAGGCGACUGGUGCUUCGAUGAUGGCUGACGUGGCAGCUGGCGACGGCAGCGACGGCGAGGGUUCAGGAGGCGAGGAUGCGAAUGCGGGAGUGAUGUUUCCGCGCGCGAACACCAACGCCAAGGGGCAGUGGACGCCGGAGGAGGACGAGCUACUGCGGCGCCUGGUGGAGCGGGACGGCGCGCAGCGGUGGUCCGCCAUCGCCGCGCAUCUCAAGGGGCGCGCGGGCAAGCAGUGCCGCGAGCGGUGGCACAACCACCUCAAGCACGGCAUAAAAAAGGACGCGUGGACGGAAGAGGAGGAGGCGAAGCUGGUGGAAGCACACAGAAAGCUUGGGAACCGGUGGGCGGAGAUAGCGAAGCUGCUGCCGGGGAGGACGGACAACAGCGUUAAAAAUCACUGGAAUUCCACCAUAAGGCGCAAGGAGGAGUCGUCUCGCAGCAAGUCGGUGCAGCGCCCCACCCUUCUCCUCCGCUACAUCCAGUCGCUCAAGACCCAGGGUGGGCUGGGAGGCGCGGCAGGCACCACUGGCGCGGGGGGAGGCAUGGGGGGGGGCGGAGCGGCGCUGGGGGGGUUCGGGGGGAACAGCUUCCAGGGGGGUGGGGCUGGCGCGUUCAGCGCAGGAUUGGGCAUGGGGGGAGGCAUGGGGGGAGGCAUCGGGGGGCGCAUAGGCAUGGACAUGGGCGGAGGGGCGGGGAUGGGGUUCAGCCUGGAGUCUCUCAUGCAAGGGCUCGUGAAGGGCGAGCCCGCCUCCCCCUCCUCCUCUGCAGGCCUGGCCCUCCGCAUGGGCCAGGGACCCAUGAGAACCGCCGUCCCCCGCUCCGUGUCCCAGCCGAACAGCCACGCAGCAGCCGUAGGGGGAGGGAUGGGAGCAGGAGCAGGAUCCUUGGCCGCAGCAGGCGGAGGAGCAGUAGGUGCGGGAGCGGCGGCCGGAGCAGCUGGCGGAGGAGCAGCGUUUCCCUUGUCGUUUGGGUCGGCUCAGAGGCCGGCAGCAGCAGCUGCUUUCCCCCGUAACCCCUCCUGGCCGCCCUCAGGAAGCUCUGUCUCCGACGGGGGCAGCUCAGGCGGGGAGGGAGAGGGAGGAUACGAGAACCAGGGCGGGGUGGGGCAGGGGGUGGGGGGAGCGUUGCCCUCAGGCGGGGUGGGUGCUGCUGGUUUCAUGCGCUCGUCUUCCCUCUCAGGAGCAGAGUCUCGGGCGCACCAGCACAACAGGGGCUCGUUUCUCGGCGCGCGAUCUGGGCCGUUGGAUGCAGGCCGGGGGGCGGAUCGACGGUCGGAGCUGGACCGGGCAGCAGCGGAGUUCCAGAAGGAGAUUGCCCGGGCCCUGCUGGCGCCUGGGCCCGGGAGGACCCUCUCAAUGCCAUCAGGGUUUGCACACGCUGCUGCUGCCAAUGCUGUCACCGCUGCUGGUGCCAAUGUUGCAGGUAAUUCUGCCGGUGGCAACGCUGGUGGUGCUGCUGCUGCUGGUAUAGGUGCUCCUGGCAGCACGGGUGGUCCUCAGGCCCAGGCUGGUCUCUCUCUCUCGUUCCUCGCCCCUUCUCCCACCACCACUGCUGUCAACCCCACCCAGUCCUCCUCCUCUGCCGGCUCCCCGUCCGCCCACUCCUUGCCCGCCCGCUCACGCUUUGCCAAGAGCUCGUCUGUGCCGGGGCGAGCUACAUCAGGCCUGGAGGAAGGGGGGCAGGGAGGAGGAGAUCUGGGCGCAGCGGGGAGAGCAGGGGGGACAGGAGGGGCAGCAGUGGGAGCAGCUGGUGCUGAGCUGCUAGCGCUGCUGCAGUUGGUGCUGGACCCCUCUCUUGCUGCUGCUGCCGCCUCCCCCAGGGGUGGUGGAGGAGCAGGAGCAGGAGUAGCAGCAGGGGCAGGAGGAGCAGCAGCAGGAGGGGGCGGUAUGUCAGCAUUGGAUCAAGUGGCGAGUGUGCUAACUGCUGACCAGCUCGCUUUGCUGCUCAAGUGCCUUCAGGGGGACGCUCAGGGUGCCAGCAACACACGACCGAUGCUGCAGCAGCAGAUGCAGCAGCAGCCGCAGCAGCACUUACAGCAGUUGCUGCAGCAGCAUCAACAGCAGCAGCAGCAGCAGCAGCAGCAGCAGCAACAACAGCAGCAGCAGCAACACCAGCAAUACCAGCAACAGCAACAGCAGCAGCAACAGCAGCAGCAGCAUCAGCUGCAGCAGAUGCAGCAAGCUCUGGACCUACAGCUCCAUCUGCUGAACAUGCAAUCCCAGGCCAUGGGCGCACCCUCUCUUGACGCCACCCCCAGCAGCAGCAGCGCAGGGGCACAGCCAGCUGGGAAUGCGCAGGCAGCAGCUGGAAUGCAGGCAGCAGGCGGGGCAGCAGGAGGGGCAGCAGAGGCGGUAGGGGCAGCAGGGCAGGCAAGCCAGACUGGGCUUGGUGCGACUGCCAUAGGGAGCAGCAGCACGGAGCUAGAUCUCAUGGACCCUGCUUCCGCUGCUGCAUCUUUCGCCCUGGAUGGCAAGCUGCCGGACCUGUCCAUCGACCCGGGGCCCCUGGACUGGGCGGACGAGGACGAGAUCGACGUGUUUGCCCUGGAGGAGGGCGAGGAGAAGGCGCUCGUGGUGGGAGCGAGUGCUGCUGCUGCUCCUUCUGUAGCUGAUGCUGCUGUAGGUCCAGGCGGUGCCAGGUCAGCUGCUGGGGCGGGUUUGAAGCCGCUGGGAGGGGCGUUUGAGGCGGGAGGGAUGGCUGGUGGAGGGGCGAGCAUGUAUAUGCAGCAUCAGAUGCAGGGGUUGGUGCAGGAUCAGGGGUUGCAGCAUGCUCAGGGGUUGUCAGCUCUCACAGCAGCAGCAGCAGCAGCAGCAGCCACUGCAGGUGUCCCCACAGCAUCAGUCUCUCCUACAGGAAACAGUGCGCACACCAUGGCUGCUCCUACUGCCCAUACUUCCCACCCCUCUGGUGCUGGCAUUUCGCUCCCUACUGCCAGCCCCACUGCUGCCCCGACUGCUGCCCCCACAGCUGCUCCCACUGCUGCUCCUGGCCUCUCCCUCCCUGGCGCCUUCCCUUCCCCUGCUGCCCCCUGGGGCACUGGCUGGGACCACGCCCCCUCUCCCGGCAAAUCCAAGCCGUUGAUCGAGGAGCUCCGGUUCCGUCCACGGCUGGGAUUCUCCGAGGAGAUCGGGGCAGGGCGAAUCAGGGAGGCACACCAGGACGAGGGGGGAGACGGGGAGGAGGAACUCGAGAGCCCCAAUUCCCCCUCCUGGUUCCCGGACCUGCGCCGAACCUGCAGCGACAACCCCCGAUCCGCCUUCCCAGCCUCGGGCGCCUCGUCCCCGGACCACCAGGCAGGCCGGGCGGAACGCCUCUUCGUCCCGCAGAAAAGCGGGCUGGGCGGGGGUAGAAGCGCAGCUGCAUCCCUCACCCUCCCCCCUCUCAUGUCUAAAAAGAGGUCCAUAGCCAGUGUGGGGCCCACUAGCCCGCGCUCCCAGUCCCGCUCCCUGCGGCCGUCGCUCCGGCGCAGCGUGGCUGGGCCGUUACCCGACGCGCCGGUUACCAUCAUCGACGGCACGAUCCAGUUAGUGGGAGGCCUUAGUCUCAACUCUAGCAGGGGAGAGAGCAGGGGAGAUGGCAGAGGGGACAGCAGGGCAGACGGCAGGGGGGAUAGCAGAGGGGACGGCAAAGCAGACUCCCCGCCUCCUCCUUCCCCUCUCCCCCCUCCGCGCCCACCCCGUCCACAGGCGUUCGGGGGAGGGGGAGGGGGUGGGGGAGGGGAGCAGCAGCAGCAGGUGGCAGCAGCAGCGGGGCUGUGGGGCAGCUUCAGCAGCAAGCAGAGCCGGGCUCUGCUGCAGGCCAACCAGCUCAAUCUGUCCCCCCGAUCUGGAGGAGGGGGAACAGGGAGGAACCACCCAUUCGGCCAGAGUGGUGACUUCCAGGGGGAGGUAGAUCUGGUGAAGGCUGGUGGAUGGGCGCCUGCAGGAGGUUCGGGUGAGGGUGGGGCAGGUGGGGAGCUGGACCCAUCAGAAGAGUCUGGAAUGGGGGGAGGGGGGGGGAAUUCGGGGUGGGGCGCACCUGGGCAGGCUGUGCCUGCAUGCCAGCCGUUCAAGAUGAACCUGGCGAGUGCAAGGUUCAAUCGCAGCCGCAGCAUGCCCAUGGAACGCCCUCCUCCUAGGAGCGGCGGCAGCAGUGGCAUGAGGGGUAGUGGGUUCGGUGGGAACAGGAAUAGCGGCAUGGGAGGGGGCGGUGGUGGUCAUGCUGGGGGGAUGGCAAGUAGGUUCCAGGCUAGUGCUUUCCAGGGGAAUGCGACUUCGUCAAGCAGUGGUAGCAAUAGUGCUGCUGCUGGUGCUGGGACUGCCGCAGCUGCAGGUGGAAAUACAGGUGGCACUGUCACAGCAGGACCAGCAGCAGCAGCUGGAGUAGGAGCAGGGGCAACAGGGAGUAGUUCAGGCGCAGGGGAGCUUCUAGACUCCAAUGUGGCAGAUCUAGUGGCUGCGUGGCUGUCGGAGGGGAGUCCCAAUGGGGUGGACGGGGGUAGUGCGGGAGCACAAGGGACGGGAGGGGUGGCCAGUGGGAUGGGGGUUGGGAGUGAGCAGGUGCAAGGGGGGGAGAAUGCCCGGCCAAGCUUGGCACAGCUGCAACAAGCCAUUGGGGAGCAGCUCAAGGGAUCUGGCCACGAUUCCCUGUUUGCCUCGCCUGGAAUUCUCCCUGACGCUGCUGCGCCUCAAUUUGGCCGGAGUGUUUCUUGCUUCUCGAGUCUUGAUGGGCCAAGCUCAGCUUCUAAGGCUUCUGAUGCAGCAGCAAUAGCUGCUGCUUUUGCUUCAGCAGGCCUUGAUGGCUUUGAUGGCUCGCCAGGCUUGCUCCAACGGCUAGUAGAUUUCACCUCUGGCGGGCAAUCUAGCCACCAUCAACCUUAGGAAUGGCUUUCAUAGGGUUCCCCACAAUAACUAGCUAGAGGCUUGCUAGAAGGCGUGGAAGUGUACAAUUGUUGGGUAUAUUUAACGAAACUUGUGUAUCACUUGAAUCUUUUGGGAU